AUGGCAGGCAUUUUUGAGGCUCCGCGAAAUGCGGACACCCUUUUCUUGGGUGGGCAGAAAAUCACCGGUGCCGAUGUCCGAGAGCAGAAUGUUCUGGCGACUCAGGCAAUUUCCAAUGUUAUCAAGAGCUCCUUUGGACCCUCCGGUCUGGACAAGAUGAUGGUGGACGACAUAGGGGAUGUGACUGUGACGAAUGACGGCGCUACGAUUCUUUCGCUGCUCGACAUUGAGCACCCUGCGGGCAAGAUCCUGGUGGAUUUGGCCCAGCAGCAAGACAAGGAGGUCGGCGACGGUACAACUUCAGUUGUCCUCAUUGCCUCGGAGCUUCUGCGGAGAGGAAAUGAGCUGAUGAAAAACCGCAUACACCCCACUACCAUCAUCAACGGAUACCGUCUUGCCCUGCGCGAAGCCGUGAAGUACAUGAACGAGAAUGUGACGACAAAGGUGGAUAAUCUCGGCAGAGACAGCUUGGUGAAUAUUGCGAAGACCUCCAUGUCGAGUAAAAUCAUUGGUUCGGAUUCGGAUUUCUUUGCAAACAUGUGCGUGGAUGCCAUGCUGCAGGUCAAGUCAACAAACCAGAGGGGCGAGGUCAAGUACCCUGUUAAGGCUGUCAACCUUCUCAAGGCACACGGAAAGAGUGGCACGGAGUCGGUUCUGGUCAACGGAUAUGCUCUUAACUGCACCGUGGCCAGCCAAGCCAUGAAGACCCGUAUCACCGAUGCCAAGAUUGCCUGCUUGGAUAUGAACUUGCAGAAAGAACGCAUGAAGCUGGGUGUUCAAAUCACUGUGGAUGAUCCUGAUCAGCUUGAGAAGAUUCGGCAACGUGAGGCUGGUAUCGUUCUCGAGCGCGUCGAGAUGAUUCUCAAGUCCGGUGCCAACGUGAUUUUGACCACCAAGGGCAUUGACGACAUGGUGUUGAAGGCAUUUGUCGAGAAGGGCGCCAUGGCUGUCCGUCGCUGCAAGAAGGAGGAUCUCCGCCGCAUCGCCAAGGCCACUGGUGCUACGCUCGUCAGCACUCUAUCGGACCUGAAUGGUGAUGAGAAAUUCGAAGCCUCUUACCUGGGUCACGCCGAGGAGGUUGCUCAGGAGCGAAUCUCUGAUGAUGAGUGCAUCUUGGUCAAGGGAACCAAGGCUCACAGCUCUGCCUCUAUCAUUCUCCGUGGAGCCAACGAGUACAGUCUGGAUGAGAUGGAGCGCUCUGUUCACGACUCGCUGUGCGCCAUCAAGCGCACCCUAGAGAGCGGCAGUAUCGUACCCGGUGGCGGUGCCGUGGAAACCGCCCUUCACAUUUACCUGGAAGAGUUUGCUGUCACAGUGGGCUCUCGCGAGCAGCUUGCCAUCGGCGAAUUCGCCCAAUCUCUGCUGAUCAUUCCUAAGACUCUUGCGGUGAACGCUGCUAAGGAUUCUUCUGAGUUGGUUGCUCAGCUCCGUGUUCGUCACGCUCUGUCACAGCGUGUGCAGGACGGUGACGCGAACGAGGAGGAAAAGGCCAUCGCUAAGAAGAAGACAUACCGCAAUUAUGGAUUGGAUCUCACGAAGGGUCGCGUUCAUGACACGCUGAAGGCUGGUGUUUUGGAGCCCAGCAUGAGCAAGAUCAAGCAGUUGAAGAGUGCUGUCGAAGCUUGCAUUGCUAUCAUGCGUAUUGACACAAUCAUCAAGCUGGACCCGGAGCAGAAGCAAGAUGAUGGCCACGGCCACUAA